AUGAAUGACAACAACACCAACACUCCAAGCGAAAGUCACCACCAUCACAACAACCUUCACCAACAAGAGUCACCUUUCACUCUCGGAAAUCUAUUUCACAUAGUAUCGGACCAUCUCGAUCAGAGUCGGAAUGAAAAUAUUGAACUCUUUCAACCCCUUUUUAAAACAAAUGCCACUCUCAUUGAAAGAAUCAUUUCAACAGGACAAUUCACUCCCUCCGAUGAAUGGUAUGAUCAAGAAAGAGAUGAGUUUGUGGUACUCUUACAAGGAGAGUCCACUCUUUUGAUGGAAUGUAAACGAGAGGAUCAUAUCGAACUGAAAGAAGUGAAAUUGAAAAAAGGUGAUUAUAUCAAUAUUCCAAAACAUGUAAGACAUCGAGUGAAAUCAACUUCUGUGGAUCCACCUUGCAUUUGGCUUGCAGUUCACUAUUCUUAA